GGCUGCAAUGACAAUAUUUCCACAGCGGACAGACGGGUUGCAUGAUUUUCAUGUGUGGAAUGCACAGAUCAUCAGAUAUGCUGGAUAUGCCAUGCCGGAUGGUUCAUUUAUUGGUGAUCCAUUCAGUGUGGAAUUUACUGAGUUCUGUGAAAAACUUGGUUGGAAAGGAAAAGGUGGCCAUUUUGAUAUUCUUCCUGUUGUAUUGUCUGCCAACGGAGAAGACCCGGAAAUGUUCGAAUUGCCUGAAGAAUUAAUUCUUGAAGUGAAACUUGAACAUCCUGUGUAUCCUUGGUUUGCUGAAAUGAACUUAAAGUGGUAUGUCGUUGCCGCUAUCUCCAAUAUGCUGUUUGACUGUGGGGGUCUGGAAUUUACAGCUGCCCCCUUCACUGGUUGGCUAAUGGACACAGAAAUUGGUACCCGAAAUCUCUGCGACCCCAACCGCUAUAAUAUUCUUCCGUUGGUAGCUGAAAAAUUGAACUUGGAUAUGAGAAAAGCGGCAACCCAGUGGAAAGAUAAGGCAGCCAUAGAAGUCAAUCUAGCAGUAAUCCACAGUUUUCAUAAAGCAAAGAUGACCAUGACUGACCACCACACAGCUACAGAAGCCUUUCAGCAACACUGGGAAACAGAAUAUCGUGUGCGAGGUGGAUGUCCAGCAGACUGGGUGUGGAUGGUACCACCUACUGGUGGAAGUCUCACGCCAGUUUUUCAUCAGGAAAUGCUUAAUUAUCAUCUGAAGCCUUCAAUUGAGUACCAGCCAAAUCUUUUAACAAGUCAUAUCUGGAAAAAUCCUGAAAAUAUAAAACGUUUUUCAAAGAAAAAACAUAGUGAAAUCAACUUUUCCAUUCUGGUCAAGGUUGCCUUUUUUGCUGCUCUGAUAUACCGAAAGAUUCUUGAGAAGAGAAUUCCUUGCACAGUUCUCUAUGCUUCUGAAACAGGAACUGCACAACGGUUUGCAGAACAAUUGGCCCGCAACUUCCGGCUUGUUUUUAAUACAAAAUUAGUCUGUAUGGAUUCCUACAAGAUUGAGAAUUUACAAUCAGAAAAACUGGUGUUGGUUGUAACCAGCACUUUUGGGAGUGGGCAGUCCCCUGAAAAUGGAAGGACCUUUGCGAGCCAACUGGGCAAUCUGGCUUCUUCCAAUAAAGAUAGACAAAAACAGACAUCAACUGAAAUUGUUUUGCCAAAUAACAUGAAGAAUAUAAGGUAUUCAGUAUUUGGUCUUGGAAACAGCUCCUAUGAAGAAUUUUGUGGUUUUGGCCAUUUUAUGAAUAAACACCUGGCCAACAUUGGCGCCAAGAGCAUUUAUCCAAUUGGAGAAGGUGAUGAACUGGGUGGACAAAAAGAAUCCUUCGAUCUUUGGUCUGCAGAAGUCAUGAAGGCAGCAUGUGAUGAAUUUGGUUUGAAACAAGUGACAGUGACUUAUGAAAGCCAGGAACCUCAGUGGACACCAGAAAAAUUCCGAGCAGCCGUAGCUUAUGUCUCAGAAAAGAAAGACAUAUACCAAAAUCUGGCAAGUAUUCAUCAUAAAGCAAUUUUCCCUUGUAAGAUUAACAAAAGAAAACAUCUUCUUCCAACAGAUUAUAGCCGGCAGACAAUGCUUGCCUCUCUCAGUCCCAAGGGUCAUGAAAACAUGACUUAUUUACCUGGAGAUCACGUGGGAAUCUACCCAGUCAACGACACCCAGGAAGUGAAUAACAUCCUGGAUUAUGUACACAUGAUUCCUGGUUUUGAUGAAGAAGUUGAAGUGCAAGUUAAAGAAGGAAACAAAUGGAAGCCAUACAACAGACUACCCGCCUGUUCUUUGCGUACAGGUCUUACUUACUUCCUUGAUAUCAAAACUCCUCCUUCAAAAGUUUUUCUCCAAAGAUUGGCACAGUACGCACAAAAUCCAGAGGAAGAAGCCGCCUUAGAAAAACUCUCAAAGAGUACAGAUGAGUAUGAAGAUUGGAAAAGAACUUCGCUCCCAACGCUUUUGCACGUUCUGUCUCAGUUUCCAUCGGUGAGAGGCCUACCCACAUCUUUCCUGCUGUCCCAGUUGCCGUUACUCCAGCAAAGGUUUUAUAGCAUCAGUUCUUCUCAACAGGCUCACCCAGAUGAGAUCCAUGUCACGUACGCUGUUGUCCAAUACGUGACACCGAAAAAUCCCAGUGAUAUCCGAAAAGGAAUUUGUACUACUUGGCUCCGAGACUGUGAUGAGACAAUAACAGUUCCUUGUUUUAUCAAAAGUGCUCCUAGCUUUCAUCUCCCAGCAGAUCCCAGUGUUCCUGUGAUUAUGGUGGCCACUGGGACUGGAAUUGCCCCUUUCAGAGGAUUCUGGCAACAAAGACGUUUAGACUUGGAAAAAGUGGACAUGACCAAAGAAACAACUUGCUCAAGAAAAGUACCAAAAGAGAAUUAUAUUUUUUCACUCUACUUUGGAUGCCGGAACGAUGACAUCGACAACAUAUUUAAAGAAGAAUUACAAGAAGCUCUCACAGAUUCAGUCUUGACCCACUUGAAUGUUGCUCUUUCCAGGCAAACAGGAAUGAAAAAGACAUACGUCCAACAUUUGCUUCUCCGGGACAGUGAAUUUAUCUACUCUGUGCUGACUGCACAAAAAGGACACAUCUACAUUUGUGGUGACAGCAAUAUGGCUGCAGAAGUCCGUCACACCCUAGAAAAGAUCUACGCUCAAUGUAAAGAUGCAGACAAUCAAGAAAGUUCACAGUUUGUUCAGCAACUCCAGAGUUCUGGCCAACUGCAUGAAGACAUAUUUGGUGUCAAACUCCUCUUGCCACACCUAACCUUAUCUAUCUAUCUAUCUAUCUAUCUAUCUAUCUAUCUAUCUCUGCCUUCUGUUCAUAUCUAUCUAUCUAUCUAUCUAUCUAUCUAUCUAUCUAUAUCAGUUCAUAUCUAUGUAUCUAUCUGUCUACCUAUCUCAGUUCAUAUCUAUCUAUCUAUCUAUCUAUCUAUCUAUCUCAGUUCAUAUCUAUCUAUCUCAGUUCAUAUCUAUCUAUCUAUCUAUCUAUCUAUCUCAGUUCAUAUCUAUCUAUCUCAGUUCAUAUCUAUCUAUCUAUCUAUCUAUCUAUCUAUCUAUCUAUCGCAGCCUGUGUCUAUCUAUCUAUCUAUCUAUCUAUCUAUCUAUCAGCAGUUCAGUGUGGAAUAA